AUGGAUCUCUUUUUUCCGGAGCGAACGGCGGUUGUGGAGAAUGGGGUGAAAGAUGCAACAGAAUAUGCUAAGAUUUUGCGUCGAUGGACGCAGCUCGAAAGGCUAAAAAAGUUCAUGGUGUCACAUGUCACAGACAAAAAGUUGGCUUUUAUGCCUAAACACUCGCGUAAACGACAGAAGACUGAAGUUGACGCCGGGGGUAAAGACCAUGAAGAGCUCAGACUAGAGAGUCUCCUAUUCGGUACCAAGUAUACGCCACCAAAACGAAUAACUCAAGAUCCCACCCGAGAACUACACAAUCUCACCGACGCGGAUAAGCAGAAUCUGACGAAGGGGAACUGGAAAUACCUACAACAAAAUCAGGUCGAACACCUGCAUGGGCUCCGUAAACUUCGUGACCAGCCCUCCGAAACAGCCCUAUCUGGUCGCCAGUACGAAUCGCGACUACGACGUCAAUACGAGCGCAUAAAUCCUCAACCAGAAUGGGCAAAAGCUGCCAAGGCUCAAUUACCCAACAAUGACAUCUCUGGUGUUGGCGAACUGCUUUCUUCCACUGCUGGUAUUAUUGCAGAUCGUCUAAGCAAAGUCGUCUUACCUUCGGGUCAACUUUCCAUCGAGCGUCUGAGAGACGUUAACCAGGCCUCCACCGUGUCGGGGAAUGGCCAAGUCAAAUGUUUAGCGUUCCAUCCAAGUCCUGAGGUUCCUGUCCUUUGUGUCGGGACUGACGAUAGACGAAUACGACUAUUCAAUGUUGACGGCCAUACGUCGCCUCUUCUACAAACCUUGCAUAUACCAACCCUCCCUCUUUCCCAGUCGUCUGUGACAUUCCACCCCAGUGGCAACUCGCUUCUUCUCACAGGACAACGACCCUUCUACUUUGUAUACGAUCUCCAGCGGGGUGAGAUGCAACACAAGGCUGGUCGAAGCCUUUGGGGCUCGUAUGAUUCCUCAACGGUUCUAUCCGCUUCACGGAAGCGGUCACGUGGCCAAAACCUGAUGGAAGGCGGUGCGAGUGCAGAGGGCAUGCAAACGACCUGCUUCAGCCCUCAAGGAGAUAUACUUGCUGUUGCGGGUCGCGGAGGCAACAUUCACCUCGUUGACUGGAAAAGUGGCGCCGGACAAGUUGUCGGCGAUUUGAAAUGCGGAGCCAGCAUCAAAUCCUUAUGGUGGGGGAACGACGACGAAAAUUUAGUCGCACUUACCAACGACUCGGAAGUGUAUGUGUGGAAUGUCAGGCAGAGGCAAUGCCUCAACAAAUGGAAAGAUGAUGGAGGAUUCCGAGGCUCUGUUGGUGAUAUGGCAGCCUCUGCAAAAGGAUGGCUUGCCAUUGGCUCUAACACUGGCUUGGUCAACAUCUACAGCUCCGAUUCGUUCUCUCAAGCUUCAACCAACCCCAAACCAAUUAAAAGUCUCGGCCAUCUCACCACCACGAUAUCAACAUUGCGUUUCAACCAUGAUGCGCAAAUCUUAGUGGUAGCCAGUCGGGAAAAGAAAGAUGCAGCGCGUGUGGUUCAUCUUCCAAGCCUAACCGCAUUUUCUAACUGGCCCACAUCAAGCACUCCUUUAGGCCAUGUCACGACGGUAGAAUUUUCACCGAAGAGCGAAUAUAUGGUGAUUGGAAACACUCGGGGCAAGGUUUUGUUGUAUCACUUGUUACAGUACGGAGCAGCUCGUAGUAUUACGUAA